UGCCAUUUUGGUGGAUCCCCUGUUAGCAGUUCCUCUUUCCACUUGUUUUUACCUCCUUUUGAGUUUUUCAGAAGUCAACUAUAGAUUUUAAUUUUUGCAUUCCAUCUCCUGAUGUCCUAGUGGAAGGUCUUGGUAUGUAGGUGUAUCCCCUCCUGUCACCUUUCCUCCCUAACCCUCCCUACUUUAGUCCUUUUGUUUUGAUCUCCUUUCUCAAUUCAUUUUAAUUGACCUGUUGUCUUUCCUCCAAAAAUGUUGCAACAUUUGAAACCCUAUUGCUCUGAACUUCAAAAAUGUUGAUCUUAACAAGUUCAAUGUUUUUGUAAGUGUUGGAAAAUGUAUGUACUUUUUCAUGAGAUGGCGGGAGUCUCAUUGCUAAACUGUAUUUUACCCUUGUGUCUUCCUUUAGACAUCUGAAGAUAAGGAUUAAAGAGUGAUUUGGAAUAAAAGUUGUGGAGCACAUUUCAUUUGUUUGAUCAGGAUAGGACAUCUUAGGAGGAGUCAGGUCGAGGCAAUGGUUUUGAUUGGAGGAGUGGCUCAGUGGAUCCCAAUCCUUGGAGCCGGAUCAGAGGAGCAUUUAGGGAAGGGAUAGGCAAGGAUGGAUGCUUGGAGCCGGAUCAGAGGAGCGUUUAGGGAAGGGAUAGGCAAGAAUGGAUGCUUGGAGCGGGAUCCAUUUUCCAGGAAUCAAAUCAAUUGAACUAAUUAAGGAAUCCUAGAUGCAACUUUUUGAAUGGCCCAGUUUAUUUCAAUUUUUGAGCGGUAAAUUUGCGCAGAGUCAAAGGAUAAGGAUUAUUUACGUUUUUGGAGUAAGAAAAGGAAACUGAGGACCAGGAAGUUGGAUCAAAGAAUGGAAGGAGACGUAGGAGUCUGUGUCAACGAUGCAUUGUGGGAUGAAAUAAGAUGCUGGCAGAGAGGAGCUGGUAGAAAAUGCUCGCAACACAAGAAGAGGUGGCAGCGCAGCCAAUCGCAGUGUGAGUUACCUGAUCGCGAAGUGGAAAGAAGCUUCAUCUCCUACACAAGGCAUCAUGACUGACAGGAAGGCAGUAAUCAAGAAUGCUGACAUGUCAGAGGACAUGCAGCAGGAUGCAGUGGACUGUGCUACCCAGGCCAUGGAGAAGUACAAUAUAGAGAAGGACAUUGCAGCCUACAUAAAGAAGGAAUUUGACAAGAAGUAUAACCCUACAUGGCAUUGCAUUGUUGGGAGGAACUUCGGCAGCUACGUCACUCAUGAGACAAAGCAUUUCAUCUACUUCUAUUUGGGGCAGGUGGCCAUCCUCCUCUUCAAGUCUGGCUGAGUUCUGUGAGGCCUGGAGUUCCUCUCCUCCCAACCUGGACUGUAAUGCACUGGUGGCUGAUGUCACAACUUCCCACACACUUCAAAUAUUAAAAUGAAAACAUACCAUGAUGAUACACAACUGGCUGUGCGCAACUGCAUGGACUAAGAUGUACCAUAUUUAAUGUGUAUAUGUUACAGUACAAAUACUACUUUCACUAGUUGCCAUAAAAUGCAACGAAGAGAUUUUUGUUAAUGCUGUUCUACAUUUUGUUAUACUUAAGUUGUAAAUGCUUUAACAGUGGCCUUUGAUUGUAUAAUAAAGGAAAGCUAGAGAAUGUA